UUAAAAAAAAAAUUCAUCUUGGGUAUCAAUUCGUUGCAUUAUUAGGUUCUUCGGUCAGUAAGAACAAGUAAUGAUGUCUGGAUUUAUGUUUUUUAACUUUUUUUUUCACGUCUCUAUUUCGAUGAUUUCCCAGGCGGUGCUGCCCCCCAAGUGCCGAAAUGAAUUCCAGCCGACGGAUUUCUAAUGGACGGUAGAGUUGUUCUUAAGUUGAUACAUGAGAACUUGUCCGAAUAUCCCGAGAAUCCCCUAGGUCUCAUGUUUUUUUUCUCUCCCCUUCUCUGUUGCUCUCAAGUUUGUGUCCCUUGGAUGAAAAUUAUGAGAGGAAUUCCAAAGGGGGUGACCGACGAUCCUGACGAUCGUAAACGUGAGGCGUGUCGGCGUCUGUUUUUCAUUUUUUCAUUGUAAUUAUGAAAGUGACAUGAAUUGUUCUUGGUCGCUCCCAGGGAUGUUGGCGGGAUUAUUUGUGGGAUAUUAGUUGGGGUGGGAGGAUUUUAAGAUGGUUUGUGGUGAAAGGUAAUUUGGUUUUCGUGUUGAAAGCUACAUGAGGGGAAGCAAGAUCGUAAAACUCGAGCAGUUGAGCAUACACUAUGCCAGGAAGGUGUUUGACCUGGUGGAGCAGCAGCUGACGAGAAUUUCCAAUUGUUUUCAGUUGGUGAAAUGAGGGAUAUGUGAAAUGAUAUGAUUAUCUAGUUUUGUCAUGUCAGUACGUGAAUACGUGGUUUGUCCUGAGCUUCGGGGGUAUGUUUUGGGGUAAUUUUCGGUAGCCAAUGCUGUGGUAUGGAGACAGAGAGCAUAAAGUCAGGGGCUAGCGAGCAUAGCCACAGCCACCACAGUAGGAGUUCAUCCAAACAUUAUCGUUCACAUAGCAAUAAAACACAGCAUCAUAGACAGCAUUCCCAUCGUAAUUCCAGGAAUAGCAGAAGUCAACGGAAAGAAAGACCGACCUUCGACUCCUGCGAAAUGGCGCCAUUUCAAACAACCGUAAAUGUUCGUGUGAAUAGUGUAGAAAAUGUGGGACAAGAAGUUAUUGAAGUACAAAUCCUUCCUCAGGAUGAGAAUUGGGGUGAGAACACAACAGCGGUCACUGGAAAUACAUCGGAUCGUUCGGAAUCAACGGAAGAUGUCAGUCACUGGCCGAUUGAAACGGAUGGGGCGUUUAAUUUCACAUGUAAUAGAUAUUUAGCACCAGUUGUUGCUGCAGCCCUCGGUGCCGGUGCCUUUUUGAGCCCAAUUGCAAUGGUUGUACUGCCAAAAUUGGGCUUUUUCCCAGAUUCAUCAACGGUACUAACAAUGCAACAGAGACUUCAACUUCUAUCGUGUAAUGCUGAAUGUAAAGGACAAUUACUCGGUUUGGCAUUUAAAUUAGUAUUACUGGCUAUUGGAAGCUGGGCGAUUUUUCUGCGGCCUAGAAAUGCAACAAUGCCUAGAGUAUUUUUAUUCAGGGCUGGAGUACUUGUAUUGACGUUACUCUGCAUUUGCUCUUAUUGGCUAUUCUACGUUGUGCAGGUGACCGAAAGUGCAAAAACCGCCGCUAAUGGUGAGAUAACAGAGUACAAAAGUUUAGUUAAUUAUGCUGGGACUUUCGUGGACACUCUUCUCUUCAUCCAUUACAUCGCAGUCCUCUUAAUUGAAAUACGUCACCGGCAGCCGACAUUUUAUAUUAAAGUAGUGAGAUCGCCAGACGGAGAGUCACGAUCCUAUGCAAUAGGUGACUUGUCAAUUCAGCGUGCAGCAGUAUGGGUGUUAGAGAAAUAUUAUACUGAAUUUCCAGUAUACAAUCCGUAUUUGGAUCGUCUACCAGUGUCUAAAUCCGGUCGUAAGCAAUCGAGUUUCAAGUUUUAUGACGUGGAUGGUGGAGUCAAUACAAAUAUUCCACCAACUCCUCAACGAGGGGGUGGAGACAGAGCUGUAUUGGCUGCCCAGGCGCGUAGAAGGGACUCAAGUCACAAUGAGAGAUUCUACGAGGAGCACGAUUAUGAGAGAAGAGUUAAGAAGAGAAGAGCAAGACUGAUAACAGCAGCAGAAGAGGCAUUCGCUCACAUUAAGAGAUUACACUCGGAGGCUGAAUUGGCACCAAAUCCUGGCCCAAUGGAUCCUAUGGAAGCCGCACAAGCUGUAUUUCCAUCAAUGGCUCGUGCCCUGCAAAAAUAUCUCAGGGUAACGAGACAACAGCCGAGGCAUUCAGUGGAAUCGAUUCUCGGGCGUCUCGCGAGAUGUUUGGCACAGGAUGCUGCACCCAAGGCAUUUCUCGAGCCUUUUUUCACUGCUAGCCCCGUCUUGUCUAACGAGAAAGAACGUCAGAGGAAGUCACAUCAUUGGGCACUCGUUUGUGAAGGUGAACUACCAUCGAGGUCGUUGUCGCAGGGGUGUGAAUUUCAAUUGCGACAAGGGGAGGUUGCAUUGCUCUGCACUGCGUACAGAUUGCCACAUUUCAGCUUGACGGAGCAGCUUGCGCAUCCUAAAUCUAACAAAUUCCUUCUCAGGCUCAAUUCGGAGACAUCAGUUUGAGGGAAUUAGCUGUGCAGUUGUGGAGUUGCAGCAGUAAGAUGGAUGCAGACAAUUUUAAUAUUAUUUCUCGCAGAUAAACUCGACGGGUUUACUCGGUAGAUGUGGAAGGUUUUAUAAAUGGACAAACCGGUAAUUAUUGUUUAGUAUUAAUUACAUAUAACUGCCGUGUUUCAUGAUAGAGCGCGAACUAUCGAUGCCGUACUCUGCCUUUGAUAUAUGUACAAUCGGAUACAUAUAAUGUAACUCUAAUUUUUGCUACAAAGGGGAGGAAAAUUGAGAUUGAAAUGCACAGACUAGUACAGGAAGAGAAUAUUUUUUCAAUAAGCCGCUGUACGUUUAAAUAAUUAUUAUUCAUAGCUGAAUAUUUAUAUUGACUGUAAGGAGAAUUUUUUGCAAACAUGCAGCUACAUUCCAAGUGGAAAACAAACUGAAAUAAUAAUUAUGAGAAGCUAUAUGGAUUAAUUAUCUAUGAAAUAUCUGUUAGAGCACAAAAGAGCGCUUGGUGUAUGUAACUGCCAAAGUAUUUCAGCAGCAAACUGAUUAUAUUCAUGGAGAUUUACAUAUUAUUUUAAUGAGAGAAAUUAAUACAACUGCCUAACGCAUAUUGUUCUAAAGUUUAAAAUAUUUCUCGAGUACUUUAUAUUUACAUAUCAAGGCUUCACUGAUUAAAUGCUUUUGUAUAUAAUUUUAAAGACUGUAAAACAAUAAUUUUACAAGACAGAGUGAAGGAUUUUUUCAUUGGAAGUAACGAAUAUUGAGGAUUUCUUAUCUUCCACUAGAGUGCUGUGAAAGAACUGUGGACUUACAAUAAGUCGAUUUCAGUUGAGCAUCGGGUUUGUAAAAUAUCUGACAAUCCGCAGAAAACGGCACAUUUUGUUAGGCGAUGUAUAAUUUGUAAUGAUUUUUUUAUUCAAAUAGCCAUAUCUUAUUUCACCACUUUUACGCAAGGAUAAAUUACGAUCUAAUGAAGGUGCGUGAAGCCUUAAUAACGUACUAUUAAUAUUCUUUUGAAUCCACAAUGAAUUGUUUCAAUUCAUCAGUAAAUCAUUCGCUUCCCGAUCGAAUGCAAUGUAGCUUUUUAACAAUCAUUUUAAUUCUAAGCGUUUUAUAAAGAAUAUCUUUUUCAUCAUUAUUUAUGUGUGAGCAUGACAUGACAGCUGUAAGCAUCAUUCAUUCAAUCGUAAAUUAAGUUUAUAUUAUUGUAAAGUGAGAAGAACCUUUGGAAGUUGAUCUCUGGCAAUUGUUUGUACUUAGAACUGGAAUAAAAAUAUAAAAACCAAACAAUUAAUAUCUCCAGCGCAUUUGUACAGGAUUAACUGUUUAAAUGUGUAAAGGGAAGAAAUGUCAAGUGUGGAGUGAAUAAAAAUUUUACGAGUGUAA